GAUGGGCGCAAAAUCGAGCUAGCGAUCGGCAUUGAUCACCCAAGCAACAAUUUCUUAGCGCAUUUGAUUGCUGUCGCCCAGCGCUGCAGCGUCAGGCAUCGCUUGCCGCACCAGCUCAGCGUAAAAAGCACUGCUGCAAUUUGCUCAAUUCACACCGCUGAUAAAAGAUGGCAGCCAACAUGGUCAUUGACCAGGGAGCAGCGCCAGACGAUGUACAGUACGGCGACGGCCAGCCACAGCUCGACAAGUUUCGCUUGCGCUGGGAGCUCGCGCGGCUCCCGGCGCUCGCGCCGCCGGCGGGGGAGGUGAGCUUCGACGACAAGCGCGCGCCGACGGAGCAGGGCCAUUCAUUAACGACGGGCACGUUCUGCUUCCUGCGGGGCCGCAGUGAUGUCUCAAGGCUGAAGGCGCGUUUAGAAAGGGACGACGACUUCGUGUGGUCUGAUGAGUACGCGACCGAGCACAACGUGACGCUGGCGCGGCCGUCGCACGACGGCUGGGGCAUCCGGAAGCUGGCCUUUGUUUUUUGUGAUGACUUCUUGCAUAGGGUGUACCGGCUGCCGCUCUGGGAGGACCCGUCGUGGCGCGCACUCAUCGAUCCUAUAUUGGAGUCCUGCGGCGUCCCUCGGGAGAGGAUCAUCCGUUGUUUAUUAGCGUCGAUGCCGCCGCGGACCGUCAUCCCGCCGCACCACGACAGCGGCUACUGGGUCCCGCGGUCGCGUCGAUUACACUGCGCGAUCAAAACCAAUCCUGAUGUCGUCUUCCUGGCUGGAAGAACGCUCGACGAGAUGCACCGCAUCGAGUUCAAGGAGGGCUGCGUCGUCGAGCUGAACAACCAGGCGAAGCACUACGUCGCGAACCUGAGCGACGAGUACCGAACUCAUUUGAUUUUUGACUACGUUGAUGACCGCGCGGAGCCCUACCUGCUACCGCCCGAGAUGCCCGUGGUGCAGUUACGUACAGGCGACGAACUGCUGCAGACGCGGCGGAGCGUGGCGCUCGCGUCGGAGCGCGGGUCGGGCCCGCGCGCGCCGCACAUCCUGAUUAUCGGGGCCCAGAAGGCGGGGACCACCUCCAUGUUCGAGUACCUGAGCCAGCACCCUCUGAUAAAACGGGGCGUGCGGCGCGAGACGCAUUUUCUGGAUUGGCGCUGGCCGGGCGACGACGACGCCGAUUCUCUGUCAAGAAAGUGGCACGAGACCUUUUUUGAUGCGGAGGCGCACGCGCUGCAUCCCGACUUGCGGGCCCUCGACUCGACGCCUUCGUAUCUAUUGCAGUCGAACCUCGCGAUCCCACGGUUGCAAAGGAUGCGCAAGGACCUGCCCUUGAUCGUCAUGGUCCGCGACCCUGCCUUAAGAGCGGUGAGCCACCACGCCAUGAUCGCGGACAAGGCCGCGACGCCGCAACAGCGGAGAAGCAGGGGCACGGCCUGGCUCGGGAAAUCGGUCCGCGAGGUCGCCGAGGCCGAGCUCGUCGAAUUACUACGGGCCGGCGUCGUGCGGUGUGUUAAAGGAGAGGGCCUCGGCGGCGACUACGAGGUCGACGACGCGGCGUUCCGCGACUACAUCACUCGUUUGCCGCUCGGCCACGGCGCGCACUCGCUCUUGUUGAGGGGGUUCUACGCGGCGCAGCUGCGGCCGUGGCGCGAGGCCUUUGGGGCCGAGCGCAUCCUGGUGCUGCGGUGCGAGGACAUGGUGACGUCCGAGGGCGCGGCGGCGGCCGUGGCACUGGCGCAGCGCCACGCGGGCCUGCGGGAGCAUCCCCUCGACGACGCGAGGCCGCGGAACGCGCGGAGCUACGCGGGGCCGCCCGACGAUCUUGUAGAGGACCUGCGGCGGUUCUUUUCAAGAGCGAACGCGGACUUGUACGAGAUGCUCGGGUGGGGGGAUGGGGAGCGGUGGUGAGUUCGGACCUGCGGAGGUUUCGCGCGGGCGCGGGUGAAAGCGGUGGUAAUUAUAUUAUUGUGAGACUGGUAGUUCCGGAGCGAUCCCGUCGUUCUGCGUCGUCGGCCUUCGUCUCGGCGCCUCUCCAAAAGUAAAAGUCAAGCCUUGCUCUCUUGGCCGACGCAGACGCCGAACAACUCGUGUACGCAAGCAGCGCUGCCAAUAAUUCUUCCGCAACGUCUCCAACUCGCCGCGCUUGCGGAACCGCAAUACCGAAACAAAUAACCCUUCUCGCGGCGCGUUUGCGGCACCGGGGGCCUGCAACACGUUGCUCCAGCAGAGUUUUCACGCGUGUCGCGUCAUCAGAGAUCGUCCGCCUGUCUCCACGCGUUACUGCGGCUGCCACAGCAACGCAAUCACCGCUCAUUAUCAACGCAGGUCAACUUC